AUGGCACCAACAACACUCAUCACAAGCCUCCUGGCUCUCACAGUAACAACCAUCCUCGCCUCUCCCGUCCCCCACCCAACAUCCAACUUUGAAUACGUCGGCUGCGUCGCAGGAUCACCCUCCAGCUUCCCCAAGAAAAUGCCCUUCGAUGACUCCACAUUUUCAGCAGAAGCCUGUCUCGAAGCUUGCAUCGGACAAGCACACCUCGUCGCCAUCGGGGGUGGUUGCUACUGCGAUGAUCCCGAGGAUGCGACGCCCAUGAGUUUUGAACUUGUGGAUGAGGCCAGAUGCUCAACUGUUUGUAUUCCUGGGGAUAAUGCGAGUGGAAAGUGUGGAGGCGAUGGUGUUUUCAGCUUGUGGCAGCUCCCAGGAACUGAAAAGGCGGACUGCAAAAAGGCCGAGGUCAAGGUCGUUGUCGAAUGUCCUCCUGAAGUCGUUGACUGUCCUGGACGAGCCGCCGCUGCACCUGAGGAAACCAUUCCGCCUGUUAUUCCCACUGCUACCUGCCCCCCUGGAGGAUGCGGUGAACCUAUCCCUCCCACUCCCGUGGCUCAGGCACAGCAGGCCGCUGCUGACUCUUGUCCUCCCGGAGGAUGCGGUGAGCCUGUACUACCAGCUACUCCUGCUGUCCAGAAGCAAGCCGCUGCCAAUGCUUGUCCCCCUGAGGGAUGCCCUCCUGCGACUCCCGUUCCAGCUCCCAUCCCGGCUCCUAUUCCCGCCCCAGCUGCGACACCUGCUCCCGCAAACAACUCGACUCCCAAUGGUUGCCCCCCUGAAGGUUGUGUGCCACCUCCUGCUUCGCAAAACCCCGCCGCUGUUCUGCCUAACUGUGAGGGCGACAACUGCGAAGAUAGCAAUGCCAGUCCUGCAGAGAACCAGGAUAAGGCUUCAGGAAGCUCUGCUGGAAGUGCUGGUGAAGACACUGGAGCGGCUGCUGAGCAGAGUGAUGCCUCCGCUGGACAAAGUGAUGCCACGGGCGAACAAAGCGGUUCAUCAGGUGAAGACAGCGGUGCAUCUGGCGAUGCCCCUGCUCUUGUGAGUGAGAGCCCUAGACUGUAUAGCUCUGGUGUCCUCUCAUCCAUCGUGGCCAUCAUCUUUGGUCUGUACCUGAUGUGA